AUGAGAUUUGAUGUACUGAGCUCCCUUCUGGCGUUAGUCGCAUCUAUUGCUGCCGCCUCGCCGGACAGUGGAUCCGGAAAACCGGAAAUGGCCAGCCUUACGCCUGAAUCCUUCAAAGAUAACAAUAUGCCAGGUCUUUGGUACGUCAAGUUUUUUUCGCCGUACUGUGCAAAGUGCCUGGAAGUCGCACCGAAGUGGACAUUAGCAUUUGAAAAGUAUGGAGGUAAUGAUGAGACCUUAUCUUGGGGUGAGGUUAACUGUUCUGAACAGGGUGAUCUUUGCAGUGAACAGAACAUCAAGAAGUUUCCUCAAAUCCACGUAUACAAGGACAAUCAGUUUGUGGCUACGUUUGAGUAUGCCCUCGAGGAAGAGGACUUCUACUUGUUUGCUCGUAACUUGCAGAAGUUUGGGGUUGAAGGUGUAAACGCAAGUGUUACCGAAAUGAAAGAGAUUAUCGACAAAGAAGAGAAGGAACGCAAUAUGACUCCGGAAGAGACCGAAACUAGACUCCAAAAUGCGCAUGAGAAAGUUGUCGAGGCGAACACAGUGGCCUCACUCUCGAGUAUGACUGAGAAUGUCAUCAUUGAGAUAGGCGAGAAGGAAUGGACCCCGGCCCGUAUGAACAAGCUCUGGUUAGUGCGUUUCCAUUCCCCUUACUCUAGCGAGUCCAAAGACCAGGUUGCGUCUUGGAAACAAGCUUUCCAGGAGCUAGGUGGGAUUUUUGGGACUUGGGGGAUGGGUAUGAUUUGGGCCGAGGUUGAUUGUCAUAAGAAUGCUGUUCUUUGCAAAAGGCUCGAUAUUACUGAGUUCCCAAGCUUGCGCGUCUUCUUGGACAAUGAGUGGCUUCACACCUACGAUGGGAAGCCCACUGUUGAAGGCAUUAAAGAGUUCGCUAAAGAAGCAGUUGAUAAAUGGGCACCCCGUGAUACUGAAGGCAAGGUUCUGGAAUACAGUUUCUCUAGAGACAAGAACCUUGCUGAUGAGAAUGAAAAGGAAACAGCGACUCGCCCAGUGAUUUCAGAUAACGCUCUUGCGGAUGCGAUUGAUUACGCUCUUCGUACCGCAGGUAAGAGAGUUGACGCCGACCCUGGCUUGCUUAUUUUCGGUUCAGAUGCAGAGGCCAAGCACAACAUCCGGCUUUUUAGCGAGCCCGAUGCUCCCCCUCCUAAUUGGGACGAUGUUAAGGCGACCCAUAACAAUGGUGCUUCAGUUACUUUGAGUGAAGAAGAUUAUCGCACCUUUACCACCAGCGGAGAAGAGCCCUGGUUCAUUAAAUUCUUCAUGCCCGGUUGCCCCCACUGCCAAGCUAUGGCGCCAGAGUGGAAAAAGCUGGCUGAAAUCACUGCUGGUAAGGUCAACAUUGGAGAAGUAAACUGCCAGGAGAACAGAGCCCUGUGUAGUGAAGUUGGUAUCAAGCGUGUACCCACCAUGCGUUUCUACGAUCAACAUAAGCUCCAGCCCGAUUAUACCGGUGCUCUUGAGGCUACAGCAAUGGAAAUGUACACGCUUACACAAAUGGGUGGUCAUAUUAUUCCGAUUGAUUCCGAGGAAGAAGUUUGGGGCAACGUAACCAUCAACAAUGGUGAAGACAGGGCUUCUUUUAUCUUUGUUUACGACAAGUCAGUCAGAGAUGAAGACUGGAGAGCUCUCGCAAAGUUCAGUAGCCUCUUGACUUCUUUUGAUGGCGUUGUAUAUCGCUCAAACAACAAUGAUGUUCGUGACAAAUUUAGCAUCCACCAUCACGGUUCCACUCUAGCCUAUUUGGGCGUUGUCGAUGAUGAAGAUACAGCCACGGGCCAUUUCGCUAUACCUUAUCGUCUCUCAAACAACCCGAUCAAGCUGCGAGACCCAGCUGGGCUUUACGAUUGGGCACGCCAGGUUCGAUACUCUGGUGCCCAGCUGCUGCAGCUGUCGGAACUUCCAAUUAUGAACACCCUCGCACCAGCCCAUGCGGUUUAUCUGCUCCCUGAGGGGUCUGGGAAUCUUCCCGAAGAUGUUACCAAAGAACUUUAUCAGUAUCGCAAGCUGGCUUAUGAUCUCUAUGAGGAAUCUGAUUCUCGUAGAAUCAAGCGGGAGAACGAGCUGCGGGUGGCUCGUCUAGUUGCCACGGACGAUGCAGUGGCCAAAGGCAAUUAUGGACUCGCAAACAAAAUCGAGACAGCAAUGGCCGAAGUCCCAUUUGAGCUCAAUAUUACUCUCAAUUAUAUGCAUAUUGAUCAAUGGAAAGAACAGUUUGGUGGCUUCUUUGAUGUGUCUGCGCAUAAAGAGGGUGCCGUCGUUGUUUUUGAUCCGGCUAAUGCGCGAAUUGUGGACUCUGUUACUGGAGAGCGAAUCCGACCUGGAGACAAAAAUGCUAUCGUUAAGGCAUACGAAGCUCUCAACUCCUAUGCCAUCAACCGUUCUCCUGUUGUGAGUAAGGGUCUGAAAAGCGUUCCGAACGUCAAGCCGUUCAUUCCAGCAAAGACAUUGAACUUUGAGGAUCUCUCCACUGGGUUCUGGAAGAAAGGUGGCUUUGAGUCAAAGUAUCUUUUCAUGUUGUUUGUCGUCAUUGGCGCGUUCUUUGGCUACCGGCGACUCGCCAGGCCAUCGUUGCGUAAACAUGGUCGUGGUGCCAUUUUGACUGGUAAAUUCGACUAA